AUGAUAAUAGGGGAGAACUGCGAAAAGAUCUAUCUAUCUAUCUAUCUAUCUAUCUAUCUAUCUAUCUAUCUAUCUAUCUAUCUCAGUUUCUUCCUUAUCUAUCUAUCUAUCUAUCUAUCUAUCUAUCUAUCUAUCUAUCUCAGUUUCUUCCUCUAUCUAUCUAUCUAUCUAUCUAUCUAUCUAUCUAUCCAAUUUCCCUCACUCUUUGAUCUGGUUUGUUUUCUUUAUUCCGGACUUCUUCAAAAAACGAUUCAAUCAAUCUUCUUCUUUCUGCUAUCAUCUAUACAUGUACGUAUCUCAAAACAUUCAUCUAUCUAUCGAUCGAUAGAUCCAUCUAAUUUCUCUCUCUCUCUCUCUCUCUCUAUCUCUCUCUCUCUCCGAUCUUCUCCUCUUCGGCUACUUACAAUCCCUUCUUUAUUCCUCCAUUGUGCAUUGAUUGCUUUAUUCCCGAGACGAAUAACUUUGGCCCAGAACAGGUCACCAAUUGAUGAUAUAUCACUUGUCUCUCACAGAUAUGUAUCGGUUCUGAUUGAUAAGUUUCCACCGAUCGAUACACUUUGCCGACAAGAGUCCACUUUCUUCUUCGACCCAAUCUAA